GGCCGGUGACCAAAUGGUUGUCCCUUUCUCGUUGCAUCUCAACUCCAUUACUCUCUUCUCUUCUCUUCUCUGUUUCCGAUCCGAUCUGCGGCGCGGUUGGUGCCGCCCUCCCUCCCGCGCGCGGCCCGGCCGGCCGGCGAGACCCUCCUCCCCUCCCCGCCACCCCCGCUCCGAGCCUCUUCUCUUCGCGCGCCCGGCCGGCCUGCCGGCCGGUGAGCAGGUUUGGAGGGACGCCGCCGCCCACGUAGACCUAUCUCCGUCCAUCUCGGUUCGAUUCGAAGAUUGCAUCGGGUCGUGUUCUCGUUUGAUGCGGCGGUGGGGGCACGUGGAAUCGGGGGCUACCUGUUUGAUGAAAUGUCACUGAAGCUCCCGAUCCCGCAAGGGCUCUCCUUCCUGAGAAGCGUCGGGUUUUUCGAGGACGGGAAGGCUGAUGCCGCUGCCAGGCAGAGGCAGUCCCCGAAAUUGAAGCUCCAGACAGACAGGGAGGUGUACAGGCCUGGUGAUUCGGUCACUGCGACUAUAGAGAUCUGCACCCCCGCUGGGUUGAAUGAUGACGCCGCUGCGCCGGCGGAGUCGGGCGAAGAUGCCCCCUCGCUCUUGGUAGAUGGGCUCUCCUUCGAAAUCAAAGGGAUCGAGAAAUUGGAUAGCCAAUGGUUCUCUGUUCAAAAGCCCUUACCAGGGUCUAAGCAAAGGAGAGGUGAACAUUUGUUUCUGGAUUGUUCAGCACCCACAUUAAUCCCUAAAGUUAUAAUUGCUUCGGGGCAAACAAAAACAUACAUUGUACGUGUGGAGCUCCCAAGGAUUUUACCACCAUCAUAUAGGGGUAUAAGUAUCCGCUAUAUUUAUUAUGUUAGGAGUACAUUGUUUGGAAGAUCGAUUAUAUUGGGUAAUGGAGAUCAAAAUAUUGCCCCUGUGAAUACGGCAGUUCAAUUGGAAGCUCGAAUCCCGUUGCAGAUAUGUGUUUCACAGAAAAGUAGCAGCCUAAUAAAUGAAGGGAACUUUCCACUCCCAAUUGAGCAACUGGAUAUAUUUUGGAGGGAGAAGGAUGAAGAUUCAGAAUGGCGCAAAGCAAAUGAUAAUACUGAUCUAGAAGAAGGAUAUGAUAGUUCGAAGGAUGAAGUUUCAUCUGUUUCCUCCUACAAUCCUUCCAAAGCAAACCCAGAAAGCUCCCUCAGGAGCUCAGUGUCGAUGCACUCCCUGUCAUCACGUCUCUCCACAAGCGAACCAUUGUAUUCUAGAGAACGCCCCAGUUUCCCAUCUUAUAGUCCAAUUCCUCGAUUAUCAGUAUCAGAGAUUUCAGAUGAUCAUGGUGGCGGUGUGGUGUCACCUCAAAGGAAGCUCAAUCAUUUGCUGUCAGAUCAUCAUCCAUCAAAUGGGCAGAUGUUUUCUCUAGAUCCUGACCGCUCAAAUGAUGAUGUUGGGCUACCUCUCACACCAAAAUAUGUUGAAUCAGCUGGAUCAGAAAGCUUUAUGAGAGGAAGAUCUUAUAACAUAAGAAUAGAUGACCAAGUCUUGCUUCGUUUCUCACCAAAGAAUUCCGACUCAACUUAUUACUUUGGUGAUAUGAUUGGUGGAGCACUGACCUUUUUUCAUGGAUCUGGAACACGGAGAUGCCUAGAGGUAUCUGUAACCUUGGAGACAUCAGAAACGGUUAAUCCUCGUGUAAUACAUCCUUCGAGAAGGAGCUCACCCUCAAUAACCAAGGUACACAGUGAACAUUAUGAAGUUGUUGCGGAUCUUCACCAAACAAGCUUUCUCUUUUCCGUUCCAAUUGAUGGACCAAUGUCGUUUACUACUUCAAAAGUUUCUGUGCAAUGGUCUCUUCGAUUUGAGUUCUUCACAACACCUGAAGGAAUUGAUCCAUCUAGGUAUGAGCAUCCACUUCUUGUUGAGAAAAGAGAGAAGGGUGACUGGGUGCUUCCAAUAACUGUUUAUGCACCUCCAUUGCGUAGGCAAGCAACUCAUGGAAGAAAUGAUAAAUCUGUCUUAAUUGGAAACCUUUUCAACUCUUGAAGGUGUGCACCCUUCCUGCAUAUACCUGGUUUUUCGCCUGUCUUGCUAGGGACAACAUCUCAGUUGGGACUUGUGAAGGAAACCCCAAAAGAGAUUGAGGUUUCCGGUUUCCAUCGCAACAGAAAUCUCUGAUUGAUAAUCACCCCAAAACACUAAAAUAAACUUAGAAUUUUGUACAUGAACAGUAUUUUUCUAUACAAUUGAUUUAGAGGUGAAAAUGUAGAUGCCAUAUAAUAUUACUAAAAGCAAAACCUCGUUGAGCAAAAAGGAUCCUAAUUUGAACUUAAAUAACUGAGAAACUCAGUUGCUAGCUGAGCCCUUUUCAGCUGGCCAUGCCUUCCAUUUGGACAAUAUUGGUGUUUCCUGAAAGCUGGAAAGGAAAAUUAAGUUUCUUUUAAAUAAGAAUAUGGUAGUACCUUUUAUUGUUUCAAUGAAGGCAAAAGGUAUCUUUUUCACUAUAAGCUGUUCGGGUAUGUAAAUUUGAUAACUGAUGGAUUUAUUUUUCAUAGCUUGAAUCCUCUUUGCAUACUCCACCUGUCCCAAAAUAAGUAGAUUCUUGGAAUCCCAAGAAAAAAAGAUACUAUAAAAGGAAAAGAACAGAGUGCCCUUCAUCAAUGGGAAAACAGUAUUGGUGCGUAGGUAGGUAGGUAAGUGGUAUUGAAAGGAUAAAAUUUCUCUGAUUUGUGGACCGAUGGUAGGUAAGUGGGUAGAUAUCAACUUAUUUUGGGAUAAAGUUGGAACUCCAGAAAUCAGCUUAUUUUGGGACAGAGUAUCUAUAAUUUAAUCAAACUGUUAUUACUGUUAUUUUUGUUUAUUGAUCUGUUUCUGUGCAACUAUAUUCAACCAACUGCUAUGAUAGUUUUAUAUGGUUGAUGAACAUGGGGAAUCUGAAUGCCAUACCCUGUUUCCUUCUACCUCAGAUGUGCAUAGAAGUUUCUGCUGUUUUUUUUCACAAUUGCUACGGGUUUUGUUCUGAUGAGCUUCGAAGAGUAUUCUCUGUAGUUCAACUUGCACAGCUGGCCAAUUCCAUACCCAUAAAAUACACGGGAGAUUGGAACACGUGAAGGCAGAACAAACUUGUGUUAGAUGCAUAUCUCAGUUCUUCACCUGAAAACAGGCAGCUAUACUUAUUAGUUAUUACCUUGAUGUAACAUUGGCACUGCUGGAUACGGAGCAUGAGUACACUGUAGGCUUUCCUUUGAUAGAGGGAUUAAAUUCUUGGGGGCGCCUGAUUAGCUAAUAGACCCCCUUCAUUCGGUUUGUGUAUACGUGAGACAUCUGCCUUGUAAUUCCAUUCUUUUGUGGAAACCAAACAUAACAGUACACUGGUUGCCCAGAUUACACGUCUGUUUCUGA